AUGCUGCUCACGAAGCUUCGUGAGUUUGGGUACGCUGUCGUCCGUGGCCUCUGUCCGUUGUCGUUAGUCCAAGGAGCCACAAGAUGUGUAGUAGAUCGGGCAAUGCACGCGUUGCAGUUGAAAGGUGUGCCGCCAGGAGAAAACAUGGAAGGCAUGCUGCAAGCAACAUGGACCACCAGCAAGGACAUGGCUGGAUGGCAUUUGUCGCGCAACUUGCCUUUUGGCAAUGCAACCCAUCUGUUGGGGUGGCGAGCCUCGACGGGGACUGGCGUGCUGUUCCAAGGGCUUUGGAGCGAUUCGCUACCUUUGGCGACACUCUGCCGACAAGCCUCUCCGAUUGCUUCUGCUUUCUACACCACAGCCAAGCUGGCGCACUACCCUGCUGCACCUUCUCUGAAGCCACCUGGUUCUGGCCGUGACGCGCUUGCUGUUGAUUCGGCUCGUGACCUGAGGAUUCGAAUUUCUCUUUCCAAUUCAAGUUUUUGGGUUUGCCCUGGAAGCCACCUGGACGAGUCUUUGCGCCAAGCAGCAGCGUCAUCCCAAUGCAAGACCGGGAUUUACAGCCUCAGUGCUAGCGAGACAAAGAAACAUCCAGCUGUUCGCCAUGAGUUGUCUGAAGGAGACGCCUUGGUUUUGGCCGGCUGCGCUUGGUGUGACGCAGAAGUAUUGGCGGGAGGAAGAUGGAGUGCUUCUCUUGAUGCUACGUUCCAGCCGCUGAAUGGCACAUAA